AUGGCGUCCCCGAAUGGCAAUUUGCAGAUAGGGUCUGCCUGGUUUCAGAGGAAAAUAAAGUUGAGACCUCAAAAAAGAGGAGUUCAUCUUGUUACUGAUGAAAUUUUGAGACAAGUGCCCGAAUUGAAACAGUUCUCGGUGGGCAUGUGCCAUGUUCAGAUUUUGCACACAUCUGCAAGCCUAUCACUGAAUGAGAACUGGGACCCCCAUGUUCGAGAUGAUAUGGAGAUGAUGUUGAACAAAAUAGUGCCUGAGGGCUUACCUUAUAAGCAUUGCUCUGAGGGGCCGGAUGAUAUGCCGGCGCAUGUGAAGGCGUGUUUUCUAGGCUCGUCGCUGACCAUACCUGUCACUGAUGGGAGGCUUCAUGUUGGCACCUGGCAGGGCAUCUGGCUGUGCGAGCACCGCAACGAGGCCGGCUCGCGCAAGCUGGUGGUGACGGUGAACGGCUGCCUGCGCGACGCCGACGCUCGGACGCCUAGCUCGCCGCUCUCGCCGCUCGCCUCCACCAGCAGCAGCUAGGCGGCCGCGC